AUGUUCGUUCUGUUCCCUUUAUUGGCUAUCCUUGUACCGAUUUCCUCUGCUGAGGGCUCGGAAACCCCACUAAACCACAAAGAAACGUUUGAGACAAUCAACAGUAUGUACACCAAUGAUCUGGUUUGGAGUGAUGAGUGGGCGCAAAAGGCAUUGGACUGGCUAAAGUCUCCGGACAACCGGGAAAGCAUGGAUGUUGAUUUGAUUGUUGGAGGAAGAAGUUUAAUUGCCAAUGCGAAUAACAAAGCAGUAUGGCAAAAAAUACUCGACGUCUUAGAAAUCCAGUUUGAUGAAGCAGAAGCAGAACUCGAACAACUUCCCCCAGGGACGCUGUAUGGAUGCAACGGCUAUAUGAACACAAGAAAUACGAAGGAUGAUUACGUAUCUGCUGUUUGUCUUUAUAAAAAACAGUAG